GAUUGUUUAGCUAUCAAAGUGAAAAUGGAAGAUUUCACAAACAGUACAGAACAUAAUACAACUAGCAAUGCAGGGUUCAAUCAAAGUAACACUGAUAACGAGACUCUUUUGAACAUUAUAAAGCUACCAUUUCUUGUAGCACUCCUGUUGAUCAUGAUUUCCAUGGGUUGCACUAUUGAGCUGAAGAAGCUGUGGGCACACCUAAAAAAACCCUGGACACUAGUUGUGGGCAUGGUUUGCCAGUUUGGGUUUAUGCCUCUCAGUGCAUUUAGCCUAGCAACUCUUUUUAAGUUGAAACCUUUUCCAGCAAUUGCUGUGAUUAUUAUGGGCUCAUGUCCUGGAGGAAUUACUUCAAAUGUAAUGAGCUACUGGACUGAUGGGGACAUGGAUCUCAGUAUCUCCAUGACUGUCUGUUCUACAAUCCUGGCCAUUGGUUUCAUGCCAUUGAAUCUUUAUAUUUACUCAACUGCUUGGAAGUCAGAAUCCAACAAUUCCAGCAACGAGCCACAAACACCUUAUAAAGAGAUAGGUAUUUCAUUAAUUACUCUGAUCAUUCCAAUAUCAGUUGGAAUUUUUAUAGCAAGAAAGUGGCCAAAGCAAUCAAAACUCAUUCAGAAGAUUGGAACUGGUGUAGGUGCACUUAUACUGAUCGUCGCAGCAGUGGCAGCUACAUUGCUGCACAAAAACAAGUGGAAUGCAGAUUUAACAUUGUUAAUUAUUGGAGUAAUCAACCCACUGAUUGGGUACACAGUUGGUUUCAUUUUCGCUACUGCUAUACGGCAAUCAUGGAUCAGUUGUCGAACAAUAGCGUUAGAAACAGGAGCACAAAACGGGCACCUAUGUACAACAAUCCUAAUACUAUCCUUCAAUCCAGAUGAACGCACCUCUAUGUUUGCAUACCCUUUCAUUUAUAUUUGCUUUCAAAUCUUGCAUGGAUUAUUAUUUGUAACAGCUUACCAGAUUUAUAAAAAAAUGAAAAAACAUCCUGCUGAACCAAUGGAUUUAACCCAGUCGACAAGGAGAAGCGAGGAGACUAACAACACCCAAAGGAGGGAGGGAAACGCACCAAAUGAAUGCACCAUUUCUGAAAUGACUGAAUUAAGUUAACAAGCAGGCCUGAACUCUUCAGAGCUCGACAGAUCAUACAGAAUGAAUAGAUUUCCUCCUGAUCUGUCCGCUCUGUUUCCUGCACUAUAUAAUUUCUGAUAUAUUCUGAUUUCCACCUUACUUUUUCCCAAUGUUGCUGCCAUGAUACGCCAGGACACUUUCCCCAAAAUCUGUUCUGCAAUCUAAUUUAAAAAAUGGGUCUUCAGACAUUCAUUUAUUUUUGACUCAAGUGCACCAACAUUAGGAAAACUCAACAAGCAUUUCAGCAAAGCAGUAUUGUGGAUGAAUUAAGAUGGUUUUUAUUACAAUAGUUGAGAAAGGAAUUUGACCUAAGCCCAUUGACAGUUUGUACAUAAACAUUGCUCAGAGCCCAUGUUCCUCAGGGAAGUUGUGGUUUGUGAGACACAUGUGUAACAUCUGGCCUCAUUGAACAAACAUCUACUGGUAGAUAUUGGAAAGUGGCAAAAUGAGCAUUUAUUGUAUGUUGGAAUAGCUGGGUAAUGUUUCAGGGGUUUUACUGCCAGCUGUAUUAGAUACAAGAACCCCAUGUUGACUCCCAUUCUGUUAAAUUCCUCUCAGGCUCUUAAUAAGCCCAUAAUGGUCUAUCACUCAUAUCAUGGACUGUAGAGAUAGACAUGCUGCCCACCAUUGAAGUCACCCUAUCAGAGGCCAGCAUGGGCAGUGGAAAGCUCUCAUCACACCCUUCCCUUCCCAGUGCUGGCUCCCUCAGUCAGGCACUGAGUUCCUCUGAAUGAGGGACAAUCCCUGUCAGAGAGUCGUAGACCCAUAGAGAUGUACAGCAUGGAAACAGAUCCUUCAGUCCAACCCGUCCAUGCCGACCAGAUGUCCCAACCCAAUCUAGUCCCACCUGCCAGUACCGGCCUAUAUCCCUCUAAACCCUUCCUAUUCAUAUACCCAUGCCUUUUAAAUGUUGUAAUUGUACCAACCUCUACCACAUCCUCUGGCAGCUCAUUCCAUACAUGUACCACCCUCUGUGUGAAAAAGUUGCCCCUUAGGUCUCUUUUAUAUCUUUCCCCUCUCACCCUAAACCUUUGCCCUCUAGUUUUGGACUCCCCCACCCCAGGGAAGAAACUUUGUCUAUUAUCCUAUCCAUGUCCUUCAUGAUUAUAUAAGCCUUUAUAACGUUACCCCUCAACCUCCAACGCUCCAGGGAAAACAGCCUCAGCCUGUUAAGCUGCUCCCUGUAGCUCAAAUCCUCCAACCCUGGCAACAUCCUUUUAAAUAUUUUCUGAAGCCUUUCAAGUUUCGCAACAUCCUUCCAAUAGGAAGGAGACCAAAUUUGCACACAAUAUUCCAAAAGUGGCCUAACUAAUGUCUUGUACAACCAUAGCAUGACCUCCCAACUCCUGUACUCAAUACUCUGACCAAUAAAGGAAAGCAUACCAAAUGUCUUCUUCACUAUCCUACUUAACUGUGACUCCGCUUUCAAGGAGCAAUGAACCUGCACUCCAAAGUCUCUUUGUUUAGCAACACGCCCCAGUUACACUUAAAUGUAUAAGUCCUGCUAAGAUUUGCUUUCCCAAAAUGCAGUACCUUACAUUUAUCUAAAUUAAACUCCAUCUGCCACUUCUCAGCCCAUUGGCCCAUCUGAUCAAGAUCCCAUUGUAAUCUGAGGUAACUUUCUGACUGGUAACCACCACCAGUCCUCUCUCUCUAAGAGAACAGCCCUAUGGUUUGGUAAGACUAUGAUAGCUUUAUUUUUAGCUAGUUUCAAGUUCAGUGUGGAAAUAAGUGACAACCCCAUCAGAUUUUAAUUUGGAAACAAAAGCAGAAAUUGCUGGAGAAGCUCAGCAGGUCUGCCAGCAUCUAUAAAGAGAAAUCAGGGUUAACGUUUUGGGUCUGGAGACCCUUCUUCAAGUUUUAAUUUGGUCUCAUUGGUGCAUACUUAACAUAAUACAUGUCCAAUAACAUCUUGCUAAUGAGCUUUCACCCAAGGAUGGACUAAGUGAAGCUACUUAAAAUUAACAAGAUUUAGAACCGGUAUUUACAUUUAUCUUCCCAUUCAUUAAUUAGCUUUUUGUAAUCAUGGUUUGUCCAAAAGUAUUCAAUCAGUUCUUCUAUACCGUGAUGGUUACAUUCUUGUGCAACAUUGCAGUAUAGAAAUGUCAUGCUUUAGAAACAGCGCUUAAAGUGUUGGGUGAUGAAAUCGCAUUACAGCUAACACACCUUUUAAAAGUUCACACUUUAGAAACAGCUUUCCCAAUUCAUCAAUCAUGUUAUAGUGAAUUCACAUUGACAAAACAUGCAUUAUAAUAUAACAAACUAUAUUAACAGUUUACAAAUACACUCAUGCUGAUAUUCUAUUACUGUGAAUACAAUAACAUUCAAUAUAUAAAUGACAACAGAUCCAGUUUAAGCGAACCAUUCUGUGAAAUGAGAAUUGUUUAUACUUGCUAGGUUUUUAUAUGCUAAAUGUUUAUGUGC